AUGCGAUUUUUCACGCAAGAAUGCUGGAGUGGGUUGCCAUUUCCCCUUCCAGGGCAUCUUCCUGACCUAGGGAUCGAACCAAAAUCUUGCAUCUCCUGCAUUGCAGGCAGAUUCUUUACCAUUGAGCCAUCAGGGAUUAAGCAGCUUGUUAAAAUAGAAGUCAGAGCACGUCACUUCUCUGCACAGAACCCUCCUUCACGCAGGGUGAAAAUCAGCCCUGCACGCAGCCUUCGCGGCUAUAGACCCAGCACUGCCCCUACACCUUUCUCACCUCUCCUCUGUGAGCGUGCUAGGCGCUUCCACCGCAGCGCCGGUGCUCAGACACUUCCUCAGAGAUCCCAGCGGCUGUCUCCACUUAUGUUUGCAAAAUUAAGUCACUGUCUCAGUAAAACCUUCCCUGACAGUCUUAUCCAUAGGACUUCAAACCAUCUUUUUCAAGACUUCAAACAUAUCUUCCUUUAUAGGACUUCAUAUCCUCUUUCCUUGAUUUUUUUUUCCUCCUUACCAUUACUAUUUGACAUGUUGUUUCUUCAUUUUGUUUAUUUUAUGAGGGUGGAGAUAUUUCUCCCUAUUGUCCAUGAUGUGCUCCAAGCUUCUAGAACAGUGUUUAGAAUACAGUGCUUAAUAACUAUAAAUAAUUAA